AUGUAUGUGAAAUGGUUUGAUACAGUAAUGUUUUACUAUGUGAUUUUAGUGUAUUUAGUGAAUGUCACUUUUUGUCAUUUUCAAAUUUCCCGCCAGUUCCGUCCCCGUACGCCCCGAUGCUCGCAGGGGACGGAACCCAGAUGACAGAUGCCGGCAUCUGCCGGAGGACAUUACAGGGGACACUGCAGGAGCACAGGACAAGGUAAGUGAUCGAGGGAUCCCGAAGCAUCGCCGCAUGAUAAGCCCGAGUGUAGCUCGGGGUUACCGCUUGUGCUACACUUGGGAAUACCGCCAGGGAGGU